ACGGGUUGCGAAGCCUUACAAUUCUCAGCUUAUUUAUUUUUACUCCGCUUGAAAGGGAUGUCGAACGUUGUGCCGCCUCUGGGGGAGUUAGACCGAGCUAUAGCCGAAAAAAUAAAUUCAAAAUAUAACCCCGAAUUAGAAAGGGAAGUAAUUGACUGGAUAGAACAACUAACCGGUUUAAGGAGCCCUGGUACUAAGGACCAAUUUCAAGAGUUUUUAAGAGAUGGUCAAGUUUUGUGUAAGUUGAUGAAUCGCCUUGUCCCGGGUGCUAUUCCAAAAAUAAAUGAUAGUAAGUUGGCUUUUAAGCAAAUGGAAAACAUAGAAAACUUCUUAAAAGCUUGUACCAACGAACUAAACGUUCCACCUAGAGAUCUCUUUCAAACUGUUGAUUUAUACGAAAAUAAAAAUAUGGUUCAAGUCAUCGAUACUAUUCACGCCGUUGGCCGCCAUGCUAAAGCUAAAAACUAUAAUGGUCCUACCAUUGGUGGCAAGUUAGCAGAACGUAAUAUAAGAAAUUUUGAUGAAGCCACAUAUAAUGCUGGAAAAAAUAUACCUUCACAGCAGAUGGGUUCUAAUAAGAAUGCUUCUCAAGCAGGUAACACUCCUUACGGUGCUAAAAGGGAGAUAGAUCUUCUGAGUCACCAUAAGUUAAGAUGAAAUGCUAAAUUAUUUAAGAUCAAACUCGACUUUAAUAAAUCAUUAAAUAUA